CGCUCUCCACAAAAUUUUACGCGUAAAUUUCACGCAGAAACCUUUCUACCUCCUACAAAACACAAAAAGACAUCAAGGAGAAAAAAGGUUUCGGGUGAACAUGGCCCAUGAGCGACAUAGGACAAGAGCAAAUACAGGACCAGCUUCAUAAUACAGUAUCGACUUUAAUCAAAGAGACGUCAGAAGAGAGAAACUCUGAGGAUUACGCGGGCGAUCGGCUUCCAAAUAGAAGACCCCGGGCCCCGGGGGCUCUUCGUCUUUUCCAAGUCUACGAGUUCGAAACAGGACAACGAGCCAAAGGAAAAGGGGGAAUAAUCGCACCACAAAAAGUUUUACUCGAGUGGAUUAAGAAAUUGGUAAGUUUACUAAGUAGAAUAUAAGGUGUCAAACAUCCCUCAAUCUAUCUACAUUUUUCGCUCCCCUUUUUCGAUGCAUUCGCUGCGACUUCUUUCCUCGUGUACACUAACUUUCUUCAUUGGUAUCGCACUACUUCUCCCUUCUUCCGUCCCGAGUAUAGGUUAACUCCAUCAACAAAGACAGGAAGCCUAAGUCAAAUUCUAAAGCGGCACUUGAUUUAUACGAGGCUAUCAAGAUCGCUACCGAGAACGGACCGAUUAAUUGUCGUUGGGACGAAGAUCUCGUGUCUCAGGUAAUUGGCAUUUUUGAGACGCAUCCGGUACGUGAACUAGAUUUUGUUCGCUCAGACUAGAGCAUUAGAAGACACGUACAGAGUAAUCAUUCAUUCACUGACGUUGAUCGAUUUUAUUGUGUCUGCUAUAGACCUUCAAAUCAGGAAAGAUAGAAAACAUCGAAACGAUUAUUGGGAGACUUAAGGACCCAAAAGAAGACAUCGACAUCACAAUGGAUAGCAACAUGAAUUCACUUGGAUCGCUUGCGUCGGGAAUCGCAAGUAGCGUAUCCCCUUCGGAUGGGUCUGAUUCGUCUGCCGGAAUUUCGAAUAUUUUGCAAGAUAUUGGGCCAGCUUGUACGAGAGACGCGAACACCUUUCGCGAUACGUUGGCUGAAAUUACUUCUAAUAACGCGACAUCUGCAGU